GUACGGCGAGACUGACACGACCGAAGCCUCUUUCCAGAACUGAAAUUCGACGAGGAUCGAACAUCGAAGUACGCUUCCUUUGGGUUUUGAUUCUCCGAUAAAUAGUUGAAAGGGGGAGACCCCGGAAGAAACCGCGCUGAUCGAAUCACCGAAAAAUCUUGCCAAGGUAAACCUAAAGAAUCCCUCAGUUCGUUCUCGAUCCAGAUAAUUUUCUCUCCAAUUCCAUUUCUUCGUUGAAAUUGCUUUGACGAUUCUUUCUUCCUCUCCCUAUUUAUGGAAAAAUGGGGGGAUGAGGGAAGCCAGAACCCAGGACCAGGAAAUAUGGGAAUAAUGGGGAUGAGAGGCGUUCUCGCUGUCGUGCUGCUGGCGGUUUGUUUGAGCCCACAAGCGGUUUCGGGCAUCAGAUUUGUGAUUGACAGAGAAGAAUGCUUCUCUCAUGAUGUUAAGUACGAUGGAGACACGGUCCAUGUAUCCUUUGUUGUGAUCAAGUCCGAUUCAUCUUGGCGUAACAGCGCUGAGGGAAUUGAUCUUGUGAUCAAGGGGCCUAACGGUGAGCAGAUGCAUGAUUUUCGUGACAAAAUCAGCGAUAAGCACGAGUUUGUGGCUCGUCAAAAAGGAGUCUAUCGUUUUUGCUUCACAAAUAAGUCUCCCUACCAUGAGACGAUAGACUUUGAUAUUCAUGUAGCCCACUUCUCGUACUAUGAGGAGCAUGCAAAGGAUGAGCAUUUGAAGCCUCUGAUACACGAGAUAUCGAGGUUGGAGGAUGCGCUGUACAACAUCCAAUUCGAGCAGCAUUGGCUGGAGGCACAGACUGAACGCCAAGCUUUAAUAAAUGAUGCAAUGGGGCGAAGGGCUGUUCAUAAGGCGUUUUUUGAGUCAGCCGCUCUCGUCGGAGUCAGUAUUCUUCAAGUUUACCUUCUCCGCCGCCUCUUUGAACGAAAGCUUGGCGUCUCUAGGGUCUAGACUCUAGAUGACUGCCGACAUGAUGUACACUUCGAAAUGUGCUCUAGUUACUCAUCAUGUUGUUGGACUCUCUUUUGCAUUGCUUAGCGAGAAGAACAAAACUUUGUAUACUAGAAUCAUUUGAUCACAAUCUUAAGUUAUACUGGAAAUAACUUCAAAAUUGCUUCACCUCUUACUGAGACCAAGUCCCAUCAGUUUUUCACCAGCAGCAUGUUUAGAUAUCUCAUACUAGUCAUGAAGUGAUCAAACCGUGCAGGCUUUCGAGCCAAAAUACAAGUAGUCACUAACUAGGCUGAUGUGAUGAACAAAUAUUAUGAAAUACUUGUUCUGGCCAGUUUGGCCGUUAUA